CGAAAACAUCCGAUUGCUCCCAAAUCCGUGCCGUAAAAUCCCGGAAAUGUCCGAAGUGGCUCGAAUUUAUAGGAAACGAAACUGAAGUGGUAAAGUGAUCCUUCCCGCGCGGUAGAUCGAAGGAUAAUUAGAUUUUACGUAGCCUUGGGUAAACUCACCAGAGACACUCGCUCAUUGCCGACUUCGGUACAAAGAAUAUUUAGCUUUAUUAUUUUUUGACAUUUACUUUAAUAUCUUGGGAAAGGGUUUUGGUCGGUAAGUGUUUUAUAUCGACAAAAAUUGCUGAGAUGGCACAGGUAAUUUAAAAAAUAAUGGAUGGAACCAGCGUAAAAAUGAAUGCCAAUGAAGAAAAAAAAUCCGAAAACAACAAUUAUGCCGAAAGCGAGACGAUGUCCACCUCAGCACUCGAAGAGACGAGCACCAGACUCAAAGAACUUGAGGGUUCCUGGGAGGAACGUUACAGCAAACUCAGAAGUUUGGCUAUAAAGUUAAAAGCUAAAAUUAAAGAACAGGAAGCCGUUAUCGCGAAUCUUUGGCUUGAAAAGGAUGACGUUCAAAAGAAACACCUAAAAGAUGUUCAGAAUUUACAGUUCCAAAUAGACCAACUGCAGGAUAAACUAAACAGGUCUGAAACUGAGAAGAAACGCUAUUUGGACCGCCUGAAUGAUAUAGGUGAGGGUAUUGCGAGAGAUAAGGAGCAGUUGGCAUCAAACGAUGAAAUAAUGAGCAAUUUACGUAAAGAAGUGGAAUGUUUAGCAAAUGAAAAACAAGCCACAGACAUUUGGAAAAAGCAGAUCAGCGCCAAAGUGCAGACUUUGCGGAAAGAACUAGAAGCCAACAAUGUGCUAAAGAAAGAGUUUGAGGGAAAAAUUGCAAAACUAAGUGCCGAUCUAGAUGAAAAGGACAAGCAGUUGAAAUUAGAGCAAGAAAGUCACCAGGAGACGAGAAAUCUUUUAGAGCAGACCACUUCUGAGGUAAGGAAAAAUUCCGUACUCAAUUUGGAAAUGAAAGAUUAUGAGAGGAGUGUUAAAGAACUAUCUCUACAAUUGGAAAGACAAAAGGACAUUGUUAAUAAAUUGCAGCAAGAUUUAGAAAAUGAAAAAACCACUAUUGCCAAGUUGAGAGACCAAAACAAAUCGUUAGAAGAAAAGUUGCAUUCCGAAGAGAACAAGGUGGGUGUAGGCGCAUCAGAACUGGAAUCAUGCAAAAAAAAAAUUGAACAGUUGGAGUUAGUUGUCAGACAAAAGGACACCGCGAUUUGUGAUGUAAGGCAGCUCCUAGAGGCUGCUAAGUCAGAGAACGAGGAUUUAUCGGUUGAACUGUCCACCGCGAUCACGGAAUAUCAAAAAACAUUGAACAGCCUGCUGUCUGAAAAAGAAGAGUUGAAAAAUCAAGUAUUGAGCAUUCAGCAAACCAUGCGUGAAGCGCAAAAUCUGCUUAAAUUAAAAGAGGAUGAGCUGAAAGUGUUACAGGAGGAGUAUGAAGGUUACAAAAUACGGGCGCAGAGUGUGUUGCGACAAAAUCAGACGCGCGAUCCAGGUUUGGAAGAAAAAUUGAGUGAAGAGCUUGAGGCUGCGAAAACACGUCAUUCUCGGACGCUCAGCAGUUGCAAGGAGCUAGAAGAUAAAAAAGCUCUGCUCGAAACAACAAAUAAAAUAUUAGCGAAAGAAAAGGGAGAGUAUGAGAAUAAAUGUCGAGCGCUAGAGGGGGAAGUUAGUGAGUUAAAGGGGCGUUGCGCGGAGUUGGUGAGUCGAUACCAGAAGGCUGUAGCGGAACACACUGAAACUGUGCGCAGCUUAAAGGUCCACACGGAGACUUUAUCGCAGUGCUACCGGCAGCAGAUUGUCGAACAGGAGACGCGGCACAACAAAGAAAUCCUCGAAUUGCAGAGCCGACUGGAGAAGUCUCCUUCGCCCAUAGAACCGAUAGCCACCCUGCUCGGCAUGUCAAGAGAGGAGGCGGAAGGCUCGGAAAGUGCGGAGUCAGGCGGGCGUCAGCCCAUCGCCCAUCCGAUUCCGCUCGAACGAUUGUUGGAUUCCCCGUCCGACAAUGAGCUCGAGUACUUGAAGAAACAGGUCGGCGAGCAAGAAUCUCGGCUCCACCACCUUACGUCGCUGUUGUCGGACACCGAGAAAGACCUCGAAAAACACGUGCAAAUGAAUAAACUGCUGAAGGAGGAGAUCCGAAGGCAGCAGCGGUCUGUCGAACGCGAGAGGCACGCGGAAAACUUAGAAUACUUGAAAAACGUGGUGUUCAAGUUUGUGACUUUAAGCGGUGGCGACGAGAGGGUGAGACUGGUGCCGGUGCUGAAUACGAUAUUAAAGCUCAGCCCCGACGAGGUGAGCAAGCUGAGCGCGGUAGCGAAGGGCGAGAUUGGGAAUAGGGGCUGGACCGGGUAUUUAACGGCUUGGCCCUCGGCCCGUCACAAGUAGAGUCCCAGUAGGUGGCAAUAAUUUUUGUAUUGUUGUAAUCAAUGUUAUCGUUAAUGAACUGCGAAAAUGCCAUCGGCCACGCUCUGGAGGGGAUAGAAAUAGUUUUGCUAUAAAACAGCGUGAUUCGCAGGGGUCCGGCAAUGUGCAAAGCUAAUUUUUACCCAAAACUUCUAAAUGGUUCUGAUUUUUUUCAGCUUGUUGGGUGGGAGGAUAAAAUAUACCAGGAGAAAUUAGAUAUUAUUUUUUUAUAAACGGUAUAUACAACAAUUAUU